AUUCUAACUCGAAAUUUGUAGAAGCCGAAGACAGUGGCGUCAUCCAUGGCCGAAACCGAGCACGAGCCAGCUAGGCCGGCACUAGCAAAUACAGCCCCAGAGGCGUCUCUCCGGGGGGAGAUACUCAACCCCAGCGUCGAGUUACGGGAGAGGCUCAAGGAUGCGACUCGCAUGCGCGAGCAAGCAGAGGCCGAGGAAGACGCGGCGCACGCAAAGGUUGUGGCUGCGAUGUGCAAGGAACGCUCAGCUAGGGCCUCCCUGGCAGUAGCUGUAUCCGAUGAGCAGAAAGCCAAGAAAGAGGAGACCGAUGCAGCGACUGCCAUAUUCACGGCUGCGCUCACUGGCAGGACCGAGAGGUCUCCGGGGGCGAUGAGCGAGCGUGAGGGUGAGGCGGUCAAACGGAGGGAGGAAGCAUUCGUCGCGAAGCUCACUGCAGACCGGGCAGUGCGAAGUGCCACUGCCAGUCGUAUCGCGGCGGCGGCGGCGGCGGAACAUGCUCUGGAGGAAAAGGAGAAUGCACAAAGCGAAGAAACCAUGCUGCGUAUUGCCGUGCUUGUGCUCGACGUGGAGGUGCGGAGCCAGGCAGAGCUGACGGGGAUGCUCAGACGGAUGAGGAAAGUGAACGAAGCGCUAAAGAAUGGUCUACGGGAGAGGCAGAUGGGGGAGCAACGAGAGAGGGAGGAGGCAGAGGGGAGGCGGACAGAGGCAGUACGCGAUGCUGGGGAGGCGUCUUCCACGAACGAAGCUACGCAGGAGGCGAACAGGAAUCAACGAGCGGAGGCGGUCCCGGUAGAAUCGCCCAGGCCUGAGGAGACGUUCAAAUCCAGAGUAGAGCUGCAGGAGAAGCUCAAGAAUGCAACCCGUAUGCGCGAGGAAGCGGAAGCCAAGGGGUACGCUGCGUACGCCGAGACUGCGGCUGCCACGCACGAGGAACUCACAGCCAAUACCUCUCUGGCUUCGGCCGCAUCUGAUGUGCAAAGUGCCGUGGAGGAGCUGUCAAGCGCGAGAGCUGCCGUGCUUGCGGCUGAGAUGGCCUUGGUGGUGGCGAGGGAGCAUCAGCAGGAAACGCUCGUUAAGAUGUCAAGGGCCAUCUCCGCAGAGUCCUCUGCAGUCCAGGCGGUACGAGAUGCCACCGCGCGUCGGGCCAGGGCAGAGAUGGACGAGGAAAUCGUUGGGCUGGCCAUAGCGCAUGCGCAGAACGAGGAGAAGGCGCUGCGUGAUACUGUGCUGGCGGAGCUGGAGCUUCCAGUUGACGAGGAGGCACAGGGGUAGGCAGAGCUUGCGGAUAUGAUCAGACGGGUGGAUGACGGAGAUGAAUGAGCUGGAGGGUGAAAGUCGAAACGAGGGGCAACGAGAGAAGGAGGCAGAGCGGAGGCGAAGAGUGACAGAACACAACCUCACUUACAAAGGUAACCAUCCUGGGAACAAGUAUAUCAAUGUAGAUAUAGCACCUCCUUGUCCUAUCAAACAUACCAGUCUGGGAU